AACAAGUUACGGGCAACUUUUUUUUUACUCCACCUUCACAAGAUGCUCUAGAUACAUUUUUACAAGCUUCAGGUCGAAUGGAGACCGAACAUUUUUCAUAGAUUAGAAAUUAAACCGAUCAGAGAAUCAGUGGAAUCAGAUUGUUUUGUUUCUGGACCGGGAUUAAAUUUGAAAGUUCAUUAAGACCCAUCAUCAGAAAAAGUUACUAGAAAUUAAACAGAAUCAAGUAGACAAAAAAAAAGUAGAUCAGAGAUCAAGUAGUGUGAAGAAAAGGAAAAAGAGGAUAAAAGGGAAUUUAAGAAGGGAUUAAGAGACUAAGAAAUUAGAGCUAUGGACUGGAAAACAUUCCAGGCCCUGCUCAGUGGGGUAAACAAGUACUCGACGGCGUUCGGACGCAUCUGGCUCUCGGUGGUUUUCGUCUUUCGUGUCCUGGUGUAUGUGGUAGCAGCAGAGCGAGUGUGGAGUGAUGACCAGAAGGACUUUGACUGUAACAUCAAGCAGCCUGGAUGCGCCAACGUAUGCUAUGACCACUUCUUCCCCAUCUCGCACAUCCGCCUGUGGGCCCUUCAGCUCAUCUUUGUCACGUGCCCGUCACUACUUGUGGUUAUGCACGUUAAGUAUCGUGAGGAACGGGAACGCAAAUACCGCGCCAAACAUGGCGCUGACGCCAAGCUCUAUGAUGAUACAGGCAAGAAGCAUGGAGGCCUCUGGUGGACCUAUCUGAUCAGUCUCUUUGCCAAGACAGGAAUUGAGGUGGCCUUUCUCUACAUCCUUCACCACAUCUACAAUAGCUUUCAUCUGCCCCGAGUCGUUAAGUGCCAGAUCUUCCCAUGUCCCAAUAUUGUGGACUGCUACAUCGGCCGGCCCACUGAAAAAAAGAUGUUCACCUACUUCAUGGUGGGUGCCUCAGCCAUCUGCAUUGUUCUGAACAUCUGUGAGAUCUUAUAUCUCCUAGCCAAGCGCAUCUCCAGCUGUGCCAAGCGUUCCAGGAGUCAUCGAGCACAAGCCAUGCAUAUGUACAAGCCUCCAAGUCGGGACCAGGAUAGCAACUGUACGCUGCCCCUGCAUGAACUGGAGAACAAACCACAGACCAAGUCCAAGCUGGGCGUCCCAUCUACAGAUUACAAGACAAGUGUUUUCAUGAGGGCUUCAGCUCCAAACCUUAGCUUUGCCUAACGGUUAGAUCCACUUUUACAUAUUCCAGGGAGAGAGAGCAAGAGAGAGAGAGAUAUCUUAUCCAUGGACUUUAUGAGCUCUCUUUUAUGUGAUCUACAAAUGUUUGGAGCAAGCUCUCCCUCGAACAGUCCACAUCCUUGCUCUAGGACAAACUACAAGAGCAGCAAACGAUUCAUUGACAGCACAAUCUGUGAAAGCACUUUAUAAGAUACGCAGCUCGGUUAAAACAUUUGCAGUCAAGUUCUGAUUUCUGUAGUUUUCUGUGGUAACUGAAACGACGAACACGGACUAAACAACUCAGGAUCACGCUUUAGAGUCGAGAAGGUUUUUUGAACCACACUAAAGGGAGACAGCAAUAACAAAGCAAACAUGGAAAUCUCAACGAGUCGGUUCAAAGCUUUUUCAAUUGGAGCCUGUUUUUUAUUAUAUUGUUUGGUUCUUUGAAUUUCUAUUGUACUAUCCGUUCUCUGUCCUCUAUUUAGGAUCUCCACUGCAACUAUAAACACCUGGAUGUUAUUUUUUUUUCUCUUUUCACUGGAUAUCGAAUGCCUCUCAUCUAUUUAUUUCCCACUUUAUUUUUCAUGUUCAUUGGAUGUUGACUUGUUGACAGAUAAGAUAACUAGUACACGUUCCGAUUUGAUCUCAUCCAGGACGUACGGAAGAGCGUACACAAGGCUAGCAAGGAGAAAAUUCUGAGGAUGAGGUUACCUUCUGAGUCUGGUUCCUCUCAAGGUUUCUUCCUCAUAUCAUCUCGAUGAGUUUUUCUUUGCCACCAUCACCUCAGGCUUGCUCAUUAGGGAUAGAUUUUAGGGAUAAAUAGUAACUUAAUUUUUAAACUUCUUAUCAUUUUUAUUCUGUGUUUCUAUACUUCUGCAAAGCUGCUUUGAGACAAUGGCUAUUGUUAAAAGACCUAUACAAAUAAAUUGAAUUAUCCUUGGCUGAAAGGACAAGAACUUCCACAGCCGUGGCACGCAGGCAGGACCUUCUACAUGCAACUGUUGUGUUGUGACAGCUCAGGAGAACCUUUAUUCCUUUCAUCAAUCCUGAAAGGAAAACCACGGCCAGGUAGCCUCGGGUUUUUUUUUCUUAUAACGAGCAAACUGUUAAAUGGAUAAGAUUAUAAAGAUCUUGUAUGGAAUAUUUUCCUACAGUGCGAACAUUCGUACGCUGCAGAGGUGUUGGUGAAAAAUACUCCAGCAAAACACUUCAGAGAUAAUGAAUAAUCACAGGACUUUCUAGAGACAAUGAGACAGAGCUAAUAAGCAAAUAUGGAAUAAUAAUAUUGGCUAUUUAUAGAGCACAGUGUAGUUCACAAGGCU